CAUUGAGCGUAGAUCCCGCUUGUAUGUCGGGCCAUCCCUAGCACAACUUACUAUCCCACACGACCAUCAGGGUACUCAGCCAACCAGACAGACGCCAUUACCGCUCAAUGCGUUUGACACAUGGCAAAUGCGAAAAGAGUUUUCCUAGUCUACACAUGCACGCUUGUGUUGAUUCUUCUCCCGGUCACAGCUGACACUCACAGUAGCGUAUAAAACUUUGCUAAACUGAUAGUUUGCAUCUUGACCACACACUCAAAUACAGCAUUACUACCUGACAACGGAAACAAAGAGAAUUACAUAUACUUGUGCUCCAACAUGACGACCAAAGAGCGUAAGCCGAUUGCGGAACUGUCCAAAUCAACCACCCCUGUCGAUUCCCUCACAGUCACACCCCCAAUCACACCGAACGCAAUCAGUACGGCUGCGCAUCAGCUAGUUUCCGAGAUCAGAAGCAUAUACACGGUACUCAACGAACUAUCAUCAUUAGCGCCAUCGGAGCAAGUCAACUCUCUCCUCACACGACUCGUAAACCUCUGCGUCGUACCUUACAGCGCCGAAUUCACAUCAUACUUUUUCCGUAUACCCGCCGUAGAGAGCGUUUGCUCCAAUUUACGGCCGCUAUGUUCAGAAGCCGAAGGAGAGUUGGAGAAGUUCUGGGCAAGCCGCAUGCUCAACGAUAUCAGCAGUACAACCUCAACACCUGAGGAUGUUCUAACAUCUUUCCCUUACCACCAAAAUUACGUCGAUCUCUCCCGCUUGGAAUGUUCGACCAUAGAAGCCUUCCUCCCCAGGCCGCCGACCAGAAUCGCUUUCAUCGGCUCCGGUCCAUUACCCCUUACCUCCCUCUGUUUCCUGGACCGCUACCCCACCGCUCAAGUGCACAAUGUGGAUCGCGAUGCUUCCGCGCUUCAAGUUAGCGAAUCGUUAUGUAAGCGGUUAGGCUAUGGCAAGCGCAUGAGUUUCGCUUGUGAAGAUAUUACCGAGGAUUCAUCAAACGCCGAAUGGCAAUCGUGCCAAGUCAUCUUCCUUGCUGCGCUUGUUGGUACAGAUACCUACACGAAGCUCAACAUACUCAGAAGCAUGGUGAAGAAGCUAGUGCCAGGUACAUUGGUGGUGGCGAGAAGCGCGCAGGGGAUGCGAAGUGUGUUGUAUCCGAUACUGGAGCUGUCCGAAGACCUCCAAUCCAUCGGUGUCGAGAUCCUCGCCGAAGUACACCCGUGGACUCAAGUCGUUAAUUCUGUUAUCGUUCUACGCGUGAAGUGAACACGGACCCGGUUCGUUGGUACAACUCGGCUUGGGGUACAUGUUUGCUCGGUUUAGCAGCUCACACAGUGUACUUGCAUAGUUGGCGGCGUAUGCGGCACUCCCCCACAAGAACAUGACCAAUCGAAGCGAGAGGGAAUUUCACGAUCGGUGCAUAGCACGACUGGCCUUGAUUUCCGCGAUAUAAUCACUUGCGCAUGCCGAACCUCAAAAAUGUGGCGCUAGCUGUUGAUAUACGCGAACGGCACUAGCACUGUCUUUUUACAAUGGCCGUGUUGUCCUUUCGAUACUUGG